UGGCGAGAAAUAAGAAAUUCUAAUGGCGUUGUAUGACAACAAGUUUUGGCUUUUAUCUCAUAUAAGGAACUCUUUUAUAUCUACGGAUGACACAGGUAUGUGUGAGUUGAUUAUGGUAAAUGAAAACAAAGAGGUAAAACAACACUUCGCCAACAUAGAAUCCUAUCCCGAACCUGAAGAUAGUGAGGACGAUGAAGACGAUUUUGAAUCGUACGACCUACAAAUGGACAUGGAUUUUGGUAUACGAGAGAGGUCCAACACAGCGGCACAGUUAGAAAAGCUUGAUUUAGCGAGAAAAAAGGCUGCAAAAAUGAAACAUAUAAAGUGGGAAACUAGCAAGGAGUCUCCAGAUAUAGAUGACUUAUUCGUAAAAAAAGAUGUAUCCGCAUUGGCUAAAAAGCCGAAGCAGAAAUCCAUGUUAUCUGUCCUAAUGGAAAACUUUUCUCAUUUGCCUAUGAAUCCCUAUAUAAGUUACUCGAAGUUCGACGGUUGCGGACAGGUUAAUAUACCCACAAGAAAAUAUAAGAUAUAUCUGACCAUGUUACCCCAGCAGCAAAGGAAUUACCCUAUAAAUAUUUGUUGUGUAGCCACGGCUAAGAUUCAAGAUCUGAUUGGACUGAUACUUUUAAAAUUCAGCACUAACCAUGGAGACUCUAAUAUCGUACUGAAGCCAGUAACCAACUAUGGUCUAUACAUAUGUGAAGAAGAUGGAGAAGUUGACGGAGACUUCCCUUGUUUAGAUCCCAAAGAGAGUGUCGCGAAAUUCGGUUUUACUUGCUUAGGUCUCGUCGAACACAAAGAAAAUUUAAAGUCGGUUAGUUUUCCAGAAGAGGGUCAAAAUUUGGUCCCCGAAGAUAAGCUUGGCAGGGCGAGAACGAUUUCUGAAAAAUCCAAAGCUGACGAGAACCGCCAGAAGAACGAUAUGUUGGCCAUGGAUGAGCAUAACAAACGCAUGGAAGCGCCUUUAUACCAGUCAUACAGGGUGUUUAUGGUCAAUAAGGUGAGGCCGAAAGUGGAGGUUAAUCUGGGUAUUAGCGGUGAAAGGGUAGAGAUAGAUCCCGUCCAGCAAAAAAGCUCGAAACUGAUGCCGUUUAAACAGAAGGCGGUUAGCCAUCACAUGGACACCAUAGCUUGGUGCCAGAUAACGGAUAUUAAGAGCAGUCGAAGUACUUUUAAGAUAGUGUAUAACUCGAAUUUCGGUGCAAGUUAUAAUGGGGAUACAGCACUUUCUGGAAACUCGUCUAGCUUUCCGCCUACCUUAAAUAGCUCGACGAGCUUUAAAAACUAUGAUUUUGAAAGCGACAGCGGCACUGCGCAAGACAUCGUACAGAAAAUUAAGUUAAUACUGGAACUGAGGUCUAGCACAAGCAGGAAAGAAUAUAUCGCAGCCAAGGAAAAGAGGAAUUAUAAACGACGGAACUUCACCACUGCAAAAUAAAUAAUCUUGAAUAGCAAAUGUAGAUAUGCAUGUGUAUUUAUCGUUUUUAAACGUUUUUAUUUUUUAUGAAUAAAAUUAAUAAGGACUUACUGGUUUUAUUUAUAAAAAAAAAGUUCUAUGCUGACAAGUAUCACUUUUUCUCUAAAUUUAAAAUCUGAAGAUAUCAGGGACUUGCAUGAGGUCUACCUUCAAAAUGUUUCUUAUCUAUACAAAAAGUUUAUU